AUGAACUCUCAUUUGAUUGGGCCAUCGGACCGUCGGGCUACUCGCUCGUGCGCUCGUUGAUUUGAAAUCGUUGUUGGUUUGGCGGUUCCUACGGAACCGGCGAGCUCGGUGAAAUCGGUGCCUUGAAACCUUUGAAAGUGUGUGAGCAGUCAUGGCCAGACAGGUGCUCACCUUUUCGCCGCCGACCAAGCAGGUCGAAAGCGAAGCUGCUGCAGUAGAAGUACUGCUGCUUCAGCCGUUCGCAAAGCCACCGCAGGUGACGUUUGAAAAUGUUGCAGCGAGACGCGAGGCGGUGCGCCAGCUGCUCAUCCUGAACACAACGAACACAGAGCAGUUGGUGACACUGAGUGUGCCACGGGACAAGGGGUUCAGCGCUGACGCUGACAUAUUCAAGCUUGCGCCGGGGCAGCAGCAGCGGGUGACGUUCGUGUGGAAACCGGACGGCAACGAACCUGCGACGAGAGUGGGCGUCUCGGUAUCCACAGACAAGGGGUACAGAGGUCGCCUCAUCCUGCUUGGGACUCUCCGCCAAGAAACGCUGCCGCGGAAGAAGCAAGUGCCAAGGUCAAGCAUUCUAACAUCUUCGCAGAAGCCUAACUUGACCUUUGGGCCUGCCAGAAAGGUUCCUACACAACCAACCAAAAAGGCAGCACCAGACCUUGCACAGUGCACCAAAAAAGCUGUUGCUCCUGCCAGAAUCACCAUUCCCGUGGAGUUCAAGACAGGUUCAAAGAAGCGUACUGCUUGUGAGAACACAUACAAUGCAAGUGUGAAAUCGACCCCGCUUCAGAAGCAGACUUUGUCAAGCUUGUCUGAAAGCAAUGGCUGCUCGAGAAGUGACAACCAGUACGAAAGAUGUUGCCCAGUUGAACAGACUGCUCUAAGCGUACCGGCAGACAGUGGUUGUCUUGGGACUGACAUUGCUCAGACUGGAGUUUCUCCUGCCGCACAUCCUUAUUGUAAGUCUGAGGAUGUGAUGACUCAAACAGAGACAAUUUGCCCAGAAGUCCGGAGAGAAACUUUUAGUGGUGGAAUUAAUUCUCCAAAAACCACAAGCAGUGUGUCAGAGGACAGCCACGAUCACGUCAGUGCUGACCAUGCUCAUUCCUUGCCAGACACUGGAGCUAUAAGUGCCUCACAUUACUCAGGUGAGUGUGGCAACCUCAAGCCUCAGGUGGAGACAGUUUACACAGAAGUCGAGUCAGGGCACAACCUGCCCCUUGAAACUUCUGUUAAUGCUGCUUUUAAAGAGAAUUUAGAAUCCAUGAGCACGACAUUUGAAGACAGCUUGAACGUGGCGACUCGGGAUUCAGCUAGUUUGGAGGCAGUUAAUGCCAACGAAGCCAACUCUAGCCAGAAUAACACCUUUGAACUUGACUUGAGUGCACGAAUGGACAUGCUGUACCAGCAAAUUGCAAACCGACCCUCUGAUGGUGCUCAGGAAAAUGCAUCCGAUUCCCAUGAGCAGUUAAACGUGAGUGCUUACUUGUCGUCACUUUAUAAUGAGAUGUGCGAAGAAAAAUCUAAGGAACUCUUGUGCAGUCUGCCAGUGUUGAGCAACACACUCACUGAAGAAACCUUGAGUGAACGCCGUUCCUCCUCACCAAAGCGCCCAUGUGAAGUAGACAGGCAAGACAACUCACUCGAAAACCUACUUCGAGAACUGGAGCUCGGCGCAAGUGGUGAUUCACUGGUGGGAACGAUGCAACAGUGUAGUGGUAAUGCAUUAUUUGAUGGGCAUGUUAACAUUGAGGACUAUUUUCCUGCAGAUGUGAGCAGCAUUAGGGCUAAGCCUGAAGACAGUCUUUAAGUGUAUGCCACAGAGGACUUGGCAGUUUAUUCUUUUACCUUUUUAUCUUUCUUAAAAUUUAUUCCAAAAAUAUUUUAUUUGUCUGCGUAGAAGUGCAUGGGUGUUCAAUGCAUGUGACUUAGUCUAGCCUGUUUCAAGGCUUUGUCUUGCUCCGGGAUCAUGUGCACUGUGCACAUGUGUGAUGCCAAACUUUGGCUUUCCGUGCAGUGUGUUAGAUCUAAUUGCAUUAAGCAUAGUUUAAUGUAAGCAUGUUUGCAAGCUUGUGCAAGAAGAAAGUCUACUGCAUUGUGACAAUUACCUGAAGACAACAAGCAAAAAGUGUUCAAGUGUCUGUUGAGCAGAGGGUAAAUAAAGCUUUGUAUAGGUCUU